CAGCCAACAUCAAGCGUGAAAUGACCUUCCAUGCAUUUCAACAGGAGGAUAUAAAAAGUGACAUCAGUCGAAAACUGCCAGACCAACAGUUUCUCCUGUUCACCACAAAGGAGGAAGAUUUAAAAACAGCAGAGACCAAAAAACUAAACAGAGCUCAUGAGCAUGAAAAGGAAAACACUCGUUCUGUUUGUCUUCUGGAACAGAAGCGCAAGGUUGUUUCUUCAAAUAUUGAUGUGCCUCCAGCAAGGAAAUCUUCAGAAGAACUGGACAUGGAUAAAGUAACAGCAGCCAUGGUACUCACCAGUUUAUCCACCAGCCCUUUGGUCCGCAGCCCUCCUGUCCGACCCAAUGAAUCCCUGAAUGGAUCUUGGAAAGAAGGAGGAUUUGUGCCUUCUAGUACCAGCAGCAGUGGAUACUGGAGCUGGAACGCUCCCAGUGACCAGUCCAACCCAUCCACCCCAUCUCCACCUCUGUCAGCUGAUAGCUUCAAAGCUUUUCGGACACCUUCCCAGCCAGAUGAUGGUAUUGAUGAAGGUGAAACAAGCAACCUUCUCUUCGAUGAACCCAUUCCUAGGAAGAGAAAGAACUCCAUGAAGGUGAUGUUCAAAUGCCUGUGGAAGAACUGUGGGAAGGUAUUGAGCACAGCUGCAGGGAUUCAGAAACACAUACGGACCAUUCACCUUGGGCGUGUAGGAGAGUCUGACUACAGUGAUGGAGAGGAGGAUUUUUACUAUACAGAAAUCAGGCUCAACACGGACUCAGUAGCUGAUGGCUUAAGCAGUCUUUCCCCAGUCUCUCCAUCUUUAGCAUCUCCUCCUUCCUUUCCCACCCAAGACACAAUCCGUCCUGAAACUUCCUGUGCCAAAACUGAGACUAAAGUGAUGACACCUCUGAGCCGCUCAGCUCCUACCAACCUCUACCUCGUACACACGGACCAUGCUUACCAGGCCACUCCUCCAGUGAACAUUCCAGGGUCAGCAAAAUUCACUCCCAAUGGCAGUAGCUUUAGCAUCUCUUGGCAGUCGCCUCCUGUUACCUUCACCGGCAUUCCAGUCUCACCAACCCAUAAUCGUCCUGCAGGGAGUGGAGAGCAGAAACAGUCCCACACAGUUCUUUCAUCACCGCCUAGAGUAGCAUUUGGCUUGAGGAAGCCUAGAGGGGAGGGGAAAAAGUGCCGGAAGGUCUAUGGGAUGGAGAACAGAGACAUGUGGUGCACUGCCUGCCGAUGGAAGAAGGCCUGCCAAAGCAUCAUCUCAGAAAAAGAAGUACAACAGCCAAGGAGCAACAUACUUGUGAAGGGAAGGUGAGAAAGAGACAACUUCAGCUGUACAUUUCAGCAGGUGAAAGCAUUGUUAAGUUUGUAAAAGGUGUGUAUUUGACAUGAAGCUCAAAGAAACUUACUUGAGCACACUGAAAAAAAAAUACAUGAUAAGCAGGUCACAUUAAAUAAAUUUCUCUUGUUCCAUCUGUACUCCUUACACACUCAACACUCCUCCAGGUAACUGGAGGCAUAGGAGCUCUGAGUAUGCAAAGAAUUAAAUGAGUUUACCUAGUAAAAACUUUAGGAAUAUAUGCUUUUAAGCCACAAAUUAUGUUACCUAUGUGUAAUUUUUAGUGUUAGAUAAAAUAGACAGUAGCCUUAUUAAUCAGGUGCAAUACUUAAAAAGGGCUAAAUUAGGGACACAAGUGAUGUGUGUUUGUACAUCUCUGCAAACAUGCAUUCUCUGAAAACUGACUUUUAUAGCACUGGGAUCUUAAUACCUCUCUGAAAUUAUAAUGUUGGUAUAAUUUUAUAACUGUUCAUUAUACAUCAUGAAACAGGAUUUGGGAAUUCCUAAAAGGAGGAGGGGGAAAUUGUAAAUCACAUAGAAUAGUGGUAGGUUAUUUUACAUGACAAAAGUAAACUAAAACACCUUUACAAAGCCAUAUAAAUUCUGGAUUGUUGAAAGAAAAAAAAUCUACUUCCCUUGGUUACAGAGAUAGUUUAGUCUGAAAUUUCCCUUGAUUCGUCUCUUUCAUUUUCUCAAAGUUUUUGGGGAUUUUUGUAUUCUGAUGGUGAAAACAUUCCUAAAUUACCAGUAUUUGGCUUGAAUUAUAUUAUUUUGAAAAAAAAAAGUUUAAAAUUGAGUUUUUCUCGAUACUGUACAGUCUGAAUGAGAUCGUGCAACAUGAUCUGCUCCAGUUUAAGUAGAGAGUUCAGAUAAGCAGAAGAUUACAGGAAAAGAUUGCUUUGAGGAUUCAUUGUUCAGUCAUGAGAAAGAUAUGAACAAUCAAACGAAAAGCUCCACUCAUAUAUUUCUUCUCUCCAUCUGCACUGCAGGGUUGAUGGAAUACAGGCUGCCAAGUAUGGUGUAUCUGGCUGUCUCACUACUGUUUGGGAUUUCUUUUUUUUUUUGCUGAUAAAUAAUGAAAUACAGAUCACCUUCCCUUCUCAUUGUUUUUGUCUUGUGCUCCAAGUCCAAAAUUAACUGAAAGACAGAAAUAAUCAGGUCUGUUGAACAGAGACUGUUUGGUUCUUUCCCUGUUUAUAACAAAGGGCAAAAGUACAAAUGCAGAGGCAUUAGUCAAAGGGGUUUGAGCCAGUCAGGCAGGACCUGAAAAAAAUUCCUCAGAACUGGAUCCCAGUAGGAGGACACUAGUCUGAAGCAGUCAAUUACAGAAGUUGUGUGGUUGAUUUUUGGUGUUUUGGGGGGUUUUUUUGGUGGUUUUUUUUUUUUUUUAAUUACAAGUCUGAUAAAAAUUCUUAUUGCACAAUUAAGAGCAGAAUGCAGAUCAUGUAACGAGCUGAGCCCUCAAAGCAGUACAGGUUUCUCAGGAGAGCUCAGUUAUUCCCAUGAACAACUUCAUUGACAAGGGCUGCUCACACAGGUAAUGGUUGUAGAACAAAGGCACAUGGGUUUUCCUGUGUACUUUCCAGUCCUGUAAGUGUGGGUCUGUGUAAAAUGCUAGAUAGCUUAUGGCCUGCUGGGUCUGUGUUCCUGCUCUUUCAUGGAGCAGGCGUGGUAAUACAGCCUUUAUCCCACUCUGUCUUGUCUGGAGUCUCAUUAAGGACCUGAACUUUACAUACCCCUAGAGCAGUAAACUCAGGAGAGCUCCACCUCUGGCUGGUGGCAUUGAUUUUGAUAUGAAAUUAAAUAUAUAGGGGAAAAAAGAGGAAUUGGAUCAAUAAUUGUACGUGCAGUGAGUCUUAAGACUGCAUCUUAACUGUGCCAUGACUGCUAAGCAGAUAUUGGAGGAGGGAUCUGGAAAACAACCUUACUGGACCUUGUUCCUCCCUGGAACCAGUCUGGAAUUAGUAAUGGUAAUCUCAAGCCCUGCAAGGUUCAUGAAGGGGCUGGGAAGUCAUGACCUGUGUAGAUCACUGGGCUACAGAGAACCAGGCUGGCUAUCCUUCUUACCCAGAUGUGGUAACAACCAGGAAAGAUCUUCAGCUGCUUUGCAAGUGCAGUUUUUCAGCCUCUUUUUAUUACAGCUUCCAUUUAAUAGUGAAGGGAACGCUGGGCAAGAGGUAAAUGGUCAUCAGGUAACUGAAGAAAGAGGACCAUCAGCAUCAAUUGCACUGUGGGUUUUUUUAACUCUUAAAAAGCAAGCAUGUUUUCUUGUCACUUGCUAUUCAUAUUGUCUCAUGUAAGAAAAGUAUUUCCAUCAUAGAAGGGGGUGAAUUUAGCACAGGUUAAGCAGCUGUAGGAAAGUAAAAACCCUAUUGGCUAGUUUUUAUGAGUAGGGGAUUUCUAAAACAUUCUGCUUGCAGAAGACUGCAGUAUUUAUAUCCACACAACCUUUUUUUUUGCUUCAGUUUCAAAAGAGAAAUACCUUACUUCAUACUCUCUGAAACAAGACUGGAUAGGAAACAAAGGAAGAACAAUGUAUGCAGUAAGUUCAAGUUCUUCAUUAAAAACAUUAUUUUCUGAAUUGUUAUUUUUAGAACCAGAGCAUUUCCUCUUUCACUUCAGUAUAAAAUUACUGAGCUUUAAUUUGCUCUGCAUUGCACUUUAUAUAUUUUUUUCACUUUUUGGGCCAUAUAUUUUUGAUACACAAAACAGUAAAGAUUUUAUUAAUCUACUUUUAACUUGAAAUUAACCACAAAACUAAGACAUUUUUAUAAAAAUGCAAGUUCCAUAAAACACAGUAAAUAAUCUGUUUGGGUCAGAGACUUUUUUAAUGAUACAUUGAAAAAUAUAAUAGCUUCUGAAAUUAUUUAUCAUUUGGUAAAUUCAGUAUAUUAAUGGAUAUAAUGGUUUAAUAUGGAAUGUGAAUGAGGAGGAGACAAAGUUCUAGACAGUAGAUUUCCUUAUAUGCAAAACCUGCAUUAGUUUAAUUGAUUAGGGCUUAAAAAAUAGUCUAAUCUAGUUUAAAGAAGUGUGAAAUUGUUUAAUAGGCUAGUUUAAAAUGGCAAGAGCUCAUGGAAAUUUGGAAACGAGUUUAACUGAAGCCCCCAGGAGCUGUUUCUCCCCAUGCUGAUGCAGCACUGUGCAGAGCAAAGCCCCUGGGCUCUGCAGGGGAUGGACUCAUGCUGGUACAAGGCACCAGCAGAAGCCAUAGGAGAGUAGGGAUUUUCCUGCUUUAAACAGCAGCUCUCCCAGCCUGCAGGCCCACUGCCAGGUUGGCAAUAGUAUUUCCAUUUGGUUUCUCCUGACUUCAUCCCCGCUAGUUUUGGGAACUAGUGUCCUAGAGACAAUCCUUUUGUUCUUAAGUGAAUUAAUGAACUCAUCUUCCCUUUGGUUUUGGUGUUAAACUUACAGCACUCACACUAUUGCAUGUAGUUUAUCUGAAUUUGUAGAUGCCAGUUAAACAAAGAACAGCUACUCUGCACUAGCACAGAAUCCUUUUAAAUCUUAUGGAGCAUGCUGAAAAAUAAAGACAUUUUUGAUUUUUACUUUGUCCAAACUCUUUAUUCUAAAUCGCACAUAGAAAAGUGGGGAAAAUAAGGCACGUGGCAGUGCAGAGGGGAGAGACAGACAGUGGUGUUCAUUUCCUUCCCAGGGUGAAUCAUUCCUGGACUCCCUUCUCCUGGGCUGUGUGUGUGUGUGCAUGGACCAUGCACAGCUCGGAAGUCAUGUAAAAUCCAUCCUUGCAAAAGCUCUUCAUUGGCAACCUCCCAGAGACCCCAGUUCCUUUCCAGAGGCUUCCAGACAUCCUGCUCAUUUCUACAUCCAUAGGUAAAAGUAAAAGCUACUUGCUGCUCCAGUAGCCUGGGAAUAGUUUCACCUUGGACUGCAAAUGUACCACCUUGCCAUUUUUAAUCAAGCUGCAGUUCUUCCUGCAAAGAUGGGCAGGUAUUUGUGGAGUGAGGCAAGCAUGCUGCCAGUGGUGUGCACUGGUGUGCUUGUGGUACCUGUGCUGAAGAGAAGCAUGGGCUGAUGUCACCUGUCCAUCCCACCACAGAGAUGAGGGCUGCACAGCAUGGCUCAGCUCUUGGAAUUAUGGGGUAAAUUAAGCUUAAAACCUUUAUAAUAAGCACAGGGUGUUUGAAAACUCGAUCAGUGUUUGGCUGAGGAGCAAGAGCAGUGACAGGCCCUGUCCAAGGUCGUGUUCUGUCAGACAGCACCAAUAACAGCUCUGUGGUUGCUGUAUUCCCAUGUAUGUUUGAAGGAAGGCUUAGAAGAGAAGACCUGCAGAUGCUUUUCUUUCACAGUCUGGUUUGAUUCUGCCCUCUGGGGGCAGCUAUGGGCUGGCACAGCACAUUUAGAUAAGGGGCUUCCACUGACAGUGACUUAGACGUAGCAAAAAACUGUUUCUCAUAAGAAGCAGGUGCUUUUCUCAUUCUUAAAACAUUGAAAACACACAACAAAGUGCCACCAUACAGACCUCUGUCAAAUUCUCACAGUCCCCUGUAGUACCAGCAGCUGGGGAGAACUCAAGAGUUCAGAGAUCUUUCGCCAUAGCUCAUCAAAAAGCCUCUGCAGGCCAUUGCCACUGAAAAUGAUUUAGUGCUGGAUCAAAGCCACCCAGACUUCAAAAAUUCCUCUGAGAAUUUUGCUGUUAUUUAAUAUGAAAAAAAGUGUUAAAAUCUUUUGUGUCAGCAUAGGAGUUAAUUUCUGCUUGCUGAACCAAGAGUACUUCCAAUGGACUUCAGAUAUCUCGGGAAUCAUUCUCAGUACAAGUCAGGACACUCCAACGUUGUUUUUCUUUAGCAAAAUCAGCAAUAUGCAUAUUAAUGCCUAAAAGUUGAUGAAAAUAAUUAAGGUACUUGGAAGUAUCUGCUUGCACCUGAAACUUUAAAAGAACGACUACCGAAUUCAUGCUUUGCUAAGAACGAGCUCCUGAGUUUUACCAAUGCACUAAACCAGCUUUGUACAUAGUAAUUUUAUAAAAAAUUGAGGUUUGUUUUUUUCUCAAGUUACUCUAGUAGUUCAGGUAAUGAAUAAUUUGUUUGUGGUCAAUGCAUUUUAGAAUGAGCAAAUCUCAUCCUCUUGCACUUCUAAUAUUCAUUGUUUGUAUGGAAAAAAAAUCUUUACUACUUUUCCAUUUUCCAGGGAAUGAUCAGUUCACUAAGCAACAGGCAAUGUUUCUUGACUUUAGAUUGCAAAAUAUGCUUAGAUAAUUUUACUGUCCUCCAUGUGAAUCUGGUUAUCUGAUUCUUAAUUUUUCCUAGCUUCAAAAAUGCUUUUGUGCAAUUUCCAUAGGUACAGUUGAAUAAAAAUUGCAAGGAAGAAUCUAAGUCAAAUGCUAAGCAAAAAUCAAGUACAUGAAGCAAACAUGAAGAUAAAGAAAGUAGCAUGAGAAAAUCCAUUGCUGAAUUAAGUAUUUAUAGAAUACAUUGAUUAGCAGAGAGUACUGAUCUUUGCUACAUUUAGAAGCAGACCACUGUGUUUUAGUGUCACAAGUGACAAAGCAAUUUUUCUUCAGAAAAAGUGCAAAUAGAAAAAAACCAUUAAAGUAGAUAAUUUAGACCAAGAUUUUCUCAAUUUAAACCCAUCCUGCCUGUUACAUUACUGUUGUGUGUUCAGGAAUGCUCAGGACAACAGACAUUCCUCAUGGGAAGCAGCUAGGUUCCAAAGUGUCAACUAAGUAAAAGGCAAGUGAGCAAAUUCAUAGGAUUUUCUCAGUACUAGCUCAGCUAUUGCAAAAAAAAGACCAAAAAAACCCCCACCAAAACAGCAAAAAAAGCACUACUCACUCCUGAACUAGAAUUUCAGCAGUUUUAAAGAAUCAUGUUUUGAUCUAGUUCACACACCAUAGCUAGACCCAGGUUUCUGUUGGUUUGCUUGUUUGUCUUACGGGGCUUUUACUUCUUAACCCUCAAAGCAGGGUCUGUCAUUACCAAGAUGACCACGGUAGAAUAGGAAUCUCUUGAAUUCCUAAAAUACAUGAUUAGAGAAACAACAGACUUCAUAUUAAAAACUACUUAACAUUAUCUCCAAAAAUCAAAAAGAGAAGUUAAUUCUUUAUUUGGGAAAUGCCAUUCAGCUACUGUUAACUCCCAAGUUGUGUGUUUAACUGACAUCCUCUAGCUUUGUCAGCUCACAUUUUUGUUGAAAGCAGAUGGUGAUUAAACUACAUAGCAAAGGGCCUUCCUUUGCUUUUUGUAAAUGAAUGUAUACAUACAAACUAUGCAUUUUCACACAGCUGCAUACUGUAUCUUGAAUCACUUCAACCUUUCCCCUAGCUUAGAAACCCCCAAACUUCUGAAGCUGAAGGUGCUCCCAUGUCCUUUGGCAGAUAACUUGUCUCCUGUCUUGUUGCUGCUCUCCAAAAACCUUAGAUGCAGGGUGGAGGAAUGCUGAGCUGCACAGCCUGAGGAGCAGAGUGCCUGGGGACCCAUGGCCCAGUCAAGGACCUGGCAUACUCUGGGGGACCAGUUUGGGCUCCCAGGCCCAGCAUGGCCAAACAGAGGUGUGUAUCUGUGCUCCCUCUGCCAGAGCUGCUCCAGUCCCAGCACCUCUUGCACUCUGGCUCAGCAUCCUGGACCCUGGGGUCAUCCUGGAGCAGGGCCAGCAGCUGCUCUCACCGGGCUCAGGAGGAGUUUGCAGCCACACUCAGCCUAGCUGUCCAAGGAGAGGCCACUGCCCCUGGGCUGCAGACACCAUCCUCCCCCUCCCAGCCUUUCCAGCCAUCCCAGCAGCCCAGUUCCUCCUGAGCAGCCCUUCCCCGCAGUGCCCUGCAGCACGUGGGAGGCAGGGAUGCUCCUCGGGGACUGAGGUGUCGCUGCUGAGACCUGCUGCCCCAGGGAAUGCAGUGCUCCGGGUGCUCAGCCCUUCAUCCUAAUCACUGAGGGACUGCAGGGCUGGGAUGUGCAAGGGACAAAGGACCCGAGCUUGGGUUUAGUUUCCUUCUGUUGGAAGGGAGCCGGGAAGAUGGAGAAUGGAUGUCUUGUUCUUGUAGCCGGUGUAAUUAAACAAAGGAAAAAGAUACUGCAUACAACAUUUCUUACUUCAAUUUUGGAUUGUCUCUGUAAUAUACAUCA